CAACACCAGCAUUCGACCCAUCUCUAGCGGAGUUUUUGCGACUGGCCGGACGCGGAACGAAAAGAAAAUAAACCAUUUUAUUCCGUUUCUUAUAGUCAAUAAAGAAAAUGGCUGAUGUUCUGGACAUUGACAAUGCAGAGGAGUUCGAGGUGGACGAGGACGGUGACCAGGGCAUUGUGCGCCUGAAGGAGAAGGCGAAGCACCGCAAGGGACGCGGAUUUGGGAGCGACAGCAACACCCGGGAGGCGAUCCACAGCUACGAGCGGGUGCGCAACGAGGACGACGACGAGCUGGAGCCCGGGCCACAGCGGUCCGUCGAGGGCUGGAUCCUGUUCGUCACCUCCAUCCACGAGGAGGCGCAGGAGGACGAGAUCCAGGAAAAGUUCUGCGACUACGGCGAGAUCAAGAACAUCCACCUGAAUCUCGACCGACGCACUGGGUUCUCGAAGGGCUACGCCCUCGUCGAGUACGAGACCCACAAACAGGCGCUCGCCGCCAAGGAGGCGCUGAACGGGGCCGAAAUCAUGGGACAGACCAUCCAGGUGGACUGGUGCUUCGUCAAGGGACCCAAACGCGUCAAAAAGUCCGACAAGCGCCGCAGAUAGACGACACAGCAGGCCACACGAAUACAUUUUUAAUUAGUUUAAUGCAUAGGCAACCGUACAAAGUCUAUUUGAAGUGAAAUAAAGCAGAUACUAAACUCUA